AUGGCUUAUAACACACACCCAUCAAAUUUUGUUGACCUUCUCAAUAGUCAACAAGAUACUGUGUUUGAGUUAGGAGAAGAUACUGUGUUUGGCACACAGCAAAGCGAGGAGCAUCCAAACGUUGGUGACACUCCUUCAGGGCGUAAAGAACGAAGAACAUGGACGCAUACAGAUGACAUAGUCCUCAUCAGCUCUUGGCUAAACACGUCAAAAGAUCCCUUAGUAGGCAAUGAGCAACGUUCUGAUUCUUUUUGGAAAAGAAUUGCCGCUUACUUUGCGGCAAGCCCGAAGAUUGGAGUGGGUGAAGAGAGGGAGCAUGGUAACUGUAAGCAAAGGUGGCACAUGAUCAAUGAUCAGGUUAGCAAGUUCUGUGGCACGUAUGAGAAAGCCACCAGGCUCAAAACUAGCGGCCAAAACGACAAUGAUGUUCUCAAGGCAUCUCAUGAGAUCUUCUUAAACAACUAUAAGAAGAAAUUUACACUUGAACAUGCGUGGAAGGAGCUUAGAUAUGAUCAGAAAUGGUGUAGCCUGAGCACUUCCAAAACGGACAGAAGCUCUAAAAGGAGGAAGUGUGAUGAAGGUGCACAAUCCUCAGCCUCUCACGCCUCUGAAACCAAUACUGGUGAACCUGAUGUUAACAUUCGCCCCCCGGGUGUUAAGGCUGCAAAGGGGUAUGGUAAGAAGACUAAGGCGGGGAAGGUACUGGCUGAGUAUCAGGGUAUGUGGGAAAUCAAGAAAGAGGAAUUGACUAUCAAAGCAAACACGACGAAAAUGAAGCUACUUGAAAGGCUAUUUGCAAAACCUGAACCGCUUACUGAGAGUGAAGAAGUUGUGAAGAACAAGCUCAUCAAUGAGUUGUUUAAUUAG